CGUGGGCUCUAAGCACCCUCCGCAGGAUGCUGUGGAAAUUAACUCUUGCAAUAAUUGACCUCUCCGUGCAGCAUGAAUCGCAACGUUCGAUCAGUUGAAGAGUCUUGGACCGUGGAGUAGCAAGAACUCAGCAUCAUUCAAGCACGCACGUUAAGGUUGGGGGCUGGUAAUUCAACGUCGAAGGUUGAGAAUCGGGGGAGAUCGCAGCAGUGGGUGGAUUGUUGUUGUUUGAGCACUCUUCAGAUCUGGGAUUCCAUCUCUUUCUUCUUUUGAGACUCUGCUCUAUCAAUUCCUUUUACUGGCUAUCUAUUAGAAUCAAUCCUCUCGAGAUGAAAAGGAAAGAACCCACUCCUUCAGAAGAUCCAAUCUACGAGGCGUCUUCCUCAUCCACCUCUCUACAUGUAGAUGAGUACCAAGGCGGAACCGAAACGCCGAAAGAAAAUGAGUGCCAAGUGUUCUUGAGUUUUAGAGGAAAAGAUACUGGUAAAGGGUUCACUGAUUAUCUCUAUACUAGCCUUGUUGAUGCAGGAGUUCGUGUGUUCAGAGAGGACAAUGAGCUCCGUGUUGGUACACAGAUUGGUUCGGAGCUUCUCUGCACUAUUAUGCAGUCUAAGAUCUCGAUCCCUAUUAUUUCCAAGAACUACGCUUCCAGUAAAUGGUGCCUUUGCGAGCUGGCUCAAAUGUUGAAGUGCAAGAGAAGCAAAGGGCAAAUAGUGUUGCCCAUAUUUCACAAAGUGGAACCCUCGCAAUUGCGACAUCUUACAGGGAGAUGGCGAGAAGCUGUCAAUGCACAUAAUGAGAAUUCGGAUGAAAUGGUUGUGAAGGAAUGGGAAGGAGCACUCAAAGAAGUCGGUUCCAUGCUAGGAUGGGAAUCGGACAAAAUUGACAAUGGGCAUGAAGGAACAUUGGUUAAAAUUGUUGUCAGAAAAGUUAAGAGCGAGUUAAAAGAACUUUUUCUCUUAAAUGUUCCUGCACAGUUGGUGGGAAUUGAUGAUCAUGUGGAAUCGAUUAUGGGCAACAUAGAUGGUGAAUUCAAUAAUACUAGUCUUAUCGGAAUUUAUGGAAUGGGCGGUAUCGGUAAAACAACUCUUGCUAAGGCAUUAUACAACAAACUCUCUGGUCAUUUUGAGUACCAUAGCUUCAUGGCAGAUAUUCGAGAAACAUCUCGGAGAAAGGGUAUUGAAUGCAUACAAAAGCAGCUUAUUUAUGAUAUUCUUAGAAGUCAAGAUGAAGUGUCUAAUGUCGACGAAGGAAUUGGUGUCAUCAAAUCUCAAUUUACAAGCAAGAAAAUCCUCGUUCUCCUUGAUGAUGUGGAUGAUAAUACUCACUUGAAUGCUUUGAUUGGAGAUGGUAGAUGGUUUAAAGCAGGAAGUAUAAUCAUCAUCACAACUAGAGACAAGAGAAUUCUUGAUGAGGCUAGGACAAUCCAUAUGUAUCAACGCAAUGAGUUGCCCUUGGAUCAAUCGUUGAUGUUAUUUAGUAGACAUGCAUUUGGAAAGGAUUCUCCUCUGAGUGAUUAUGAGUUAAUCUCUUGUGAUAUCGUAUCAACUACCGGGGGGCUUCCUCUAGCUCUUGUAGUUAUUGGUUCACUCUUGUGUGGAAAGACAAAAGAAGUAUGGAAAGAAACCUUAAAUAAAUUAAGGAAUGCGCCCCAUAGAAAAGUGCAAGAGAAGUUGCGGAUAAGUUAUGAUGCAUUAGAUAAUGACGAGCAACAAAUAUUUUUGGAUAUUGCAUGUUUUUUUAUUGGAUCAUCUAAAAAAACUCCAACUUAUAUGUGGGAUUCCUGUGGCUUCUUCCCAAGGAAGGGGAUUGAUACAUUGAGCCAUAUGUCUCUAAUUAAAAUUGACGAAGAUGGCAAUCUAAUGAUGCAUGAUCAAUUAAGAGAUCUUGGAAGGGAAAUUGUUCGUUUAGAAAAUCAAACGAAGCCUCAAAAGCGUAGCAGAUUAUGGAUUCAAGAAGCUAUUGAUGUGCUUGACAGUAACAAGGGCACUAAUAAGAUUGAGGCCCUUCGUCUCGACAAAUAUGGCUUGGGAAGAAGGUACACAGGUGAACAAUUCAAAAAAAUGACCAACCUGAGGUUCCUCCAAGUAGAUGGUGUGGAUUUCAUCGGAGAUUUCCAAAACUUUCUUCCUGAAUUAAGAUGGCUUCAAUGGAAGGGCUGUCCAUCGAAUUUCACUGCAGACAACUUUCAUCCGAAAAAACUAGUCGUACUCGAUCUAUCAAACAGUGCCAUUUCAGAGGACUGGGGAGGAUGGGAUCCACUCAAGAUGGCAACUGAGCUCAAAGUUCUCAACCUCGAUGAGUGUAAAUUUUUGAAAAGAACUCCCGACUUGUCCACUUUCAAAAGGUUGGAGAUUUUACAUCUUGUACUAUGUUAUAAUCUAGAAGAGCUUCAUCCUUCUAUUGGAAAAUUGGCAUCAUUGAUCGAGCUGGACUUAACAGAUUGUGUAUCGAUUACGAAAUUACCCGAAAGCAUUUGGAAUCUACGAAAUCUGAGGGUCUUGGAUAUUAGUGGCACUCACAUAACAGAAUUGCCUGAUGCCAUUGGGAUGUUGGCAAAACUCCAAAAGUUAAGUGCUUGGGUUUGCAAACUGGAGGGAGUAUCUAGUAAUAUAUGCAAACUGACUUCGCUAGAGGAGCUCUCCGUUGGUUAUUGUGAGAAGCUUCAAGAAUUACCACCCUCCGGCUUAACCUAUCUGCCCUCCAGCUUAACCGAUCUGGUGAUCGCCUGGCAGGGGCAGUCUUUGCCCCAUCUUUCCCAGCUAACCCGUCUCAAGAAACUAUGGCUUUUCCAUUGUCAUCGGCUUGAAUGUGUCCCAGAGCUUCCCAUUGGACUCUCAGAGCUUAAUAUUGCAAGGUGCGGAAAAUUGAAAGCCUUGACGAAUUUGUCAGACUUGAAACACUUGCAAUAUUUCAAAAUUUGGGAAAGCCCAUCUCUCGAAGGAUCGCCCGACGUGUCGAAUUUUAGGCGUACGCAGAUGAUAGAACUUGGCUUGAAAGAGUCCCGGGGCUUCAUGGGGAGCUUAAUAUUCGAGCGUUCACCCCGCUGGUUUCCUAGGCCCGAAGAUUGAAGCCACCGUUCGCACCGCUCAUCCACCGCAGGCAGGCGGGCAGGUCGGUCGGCGCGGCGGAGAUGACGACGGCGACGGCAACGAGGCGACGCCACGGCUAGCAGCGCCCUCUCCAUCCGCUCCAGACAGUUGGGAUGGCGGUGUUCAGUUUCCUAGCGGUGGCCUUCUAGGUCUUCUUGGGACUGUUGCUUGGGAACGGGGCUGCUGAAAUCACCAUGACGACAAUAUUCUCUUUUGUGGUGUUCUCGGCGAUGUUUCUGUUCGUCUGGUGUACUGCGAUAGAUCCGAUGGAUAGGACCAGUUAUAGAAAGAAGAAGAGAGGCUCCGAAGCAAUGGCGCUCGCGGACUUUUGUGCCUAUUCCUCGAGCUCCCUUUUCCAAUUUUGAUGCUUGAUUUGCCUAUCCGGGAACAGGAUCAUUGGAGAUGGAGAAUGGGAUUCUCGCUCCUGGUCCCAAAUAUCCAAGUUUGCCUAUUUAAUUGGGACUCAAUCUCAUCAUAUAUGUCGAAAUUGAGAGAGCACGGUUGAUUAAGAAGAUUGCAAAAGUAAAGGAAGAACAAGGUCUUAUAGCAGAAGCUGUUGACUUUAUGCCGGAAAUUGCAGUAACUAGAAGCUGACUACUGUUGUCACUGAUCUUGUAAUUGAUUUUUCCUUGUCCAACAUUUCUAUGAUGGGUUUAAAUUGCAGGUAGAAACUUUUAUGUUGUGUCCACUAUCUUUUAACUAAAUUGUUUUCACUGAUCAAUCGCUACCUAGUAUUCAAGUUAGGGUUCAAACCAUGAACUUGUAUGGCUUUAUUUAGUUGGUACAUACUCUUCUUCCUUUCUAGCUUUAUAGCAAACUCUGACGAUCAAGAUGUGCUUAAUGGAUCUAAACAUACAUCUCAGUUUACCUAGUGUUCAUGUUGUUAAUGAUGUAGGUAUUACUCACAUAACAACAAUUACCUCAAGAUAUGUUGAUGCUAUAAGGCCACAUGGUGAAGGGAAACCCAGAGCAGUUGAUACCGGUGAAGCUCUAUUGUUGUUGAGUCUUCACUGAGUGUUUUGAGGCACGGCUGUAGGUUCUAAGGAAAAUCUACUGGUACUUGGUUCUAUCACCACAUAAUCCUAUGUAGUCAAGCCUUCUUAAUGCCGCUUUAAGGAUCAAAAUCUCUCAUAUAUUACCCAAUUCAGGUUGCUUCUGAAACAAUUGGUCACACUGGAGGCUAUCCAAUGGACUGUUCUUUGGAGUACUUUUAAAGAUGAAUUUGAGAAUGAGAAAAACAUGCUUGGAGGUGCACUUGUUGAGAAGGCAGCAGAAGAUCUUAGACAGAGAAUCAUUAAAUGUGUAAUUACAGAACUUUGUCAUUUGUGACUCACUCUAUUUUCUGCAGAAUAUUAUUGUUGUUUCAAAGUAUUACCCGAGGAUCAUUUUUAAAGAGACUUCCAGAGCUGUGAUGCCUUAGUAUUUAGAUCUGAUUAUGGGGAACAUUGGUUUAUGUUUUAUGAAUGAUUUUCAAGACCCCACAUUUAACCCUGAGCAGCCUCUCUGCCUGUAAUCCCUGAUUGGGACAUGGUUGCCGGACUUGGAUACAAAUUCUAAAAUAGUGGAAACGAGGUUCAGGUGCCUUGAAAGCCGAAGGCUUGUCAUGGAAUUGAGAAUGUAGUUUCGUUCCGUAAACAUUUCUGACCGACAUAUAUGUGUGCACUUGGCUUAGUCAA